AUGAGUAAUUCGCCAUUGUCUAUAGCGCCAAACCACUCGGAGUUGGGCCCCACGCCUUGUCGUACUACUGAACACGCUGAAAACAACCCAUGGGAAAAAGAAAAGCAACAAAAUGAAAGUUAUGUAGACAUAAAUAAUGAAAAAAAAAUAGCACUUGUCGGAGAUGAAAGCUGUAAACCCCUCUGGAGUUGCGAUAACACAAACAAACUGAUUUGUAAUGAUGUGAAAUUCAACUACUCGCCUAGCGCAAAUAGAGACACCAUUGGAAAUAUGAAAUCUGACGUUCCAUUUGACAUGAACGUGGGUGCUGCGACUGGACAAAGUACUGAGAACGAGCAUACCCAUGUAGGGACAUAUGUAGAGAAUACGCUUCAGUCAAUGGCGGUGAAUUACAUGAAUACUAAUGACGACACAAAUGAAGACACAAAUUUCGGCACAAAUGACGACACGGACAUGAACACUAAUGCCGAUGAUACUGUGCGGAGUAGCCUUGAAUUACACGAACAAGCAUUCUCUGGGAAAACGCCUAACCUACGCGUUGGUUCGCACAAUUCAAAAGCUUUCUCAACACUCGGCAAGACAUUCGAGGAGGACGCGGAAAACGGAAUUUUUUCCCCCAUUGGAGCUUUCGACACCGACCACUGCGAAGACUAUGGGGUGACCUACGGCACUAAUUACACCAUGAACUGUAGAUCAAACUACGGAACGAGCUGCGGGACCAACUACGCUACAAACUAUGCAAAUAAUUAUGGAACAAGCCUCGGGACGAACUACACCUCAAACUACACCACAAACUACAGCACGAACUACGGAAUGAACUAUGGAGCAAACUGCAACGCAAACUAUGGCAGGCGCUUCCUCCCGAAUCCUGCCCAUAGGGUCAGCCCCAGCGCAAAAAAUUUGCCAUUUCAUGAAAGGGGAUUGCUGAAGACCCCUCCAGCUGGCAUGUACACAUGUUUUCGCACCAACAAAGAAUACGAACUCUUGAAGUAUAACAAUCAAAUAAAAAAAGGAGUGAAAAAAAAUUGUGCAAUAAAUGAAAAAUAUCAUAAAGCAAAAAAUGACUACACAGCAAAAGCAGGAGAUGUUGUGCCUUUUAAAAGCACAAAUAAGUAUGCUGCAUGCAAUUGUGCUAUGGUGCAUAAAAAUAUGUACCUAGGCAAAAACGAAAAUGAAUGCACCGAUAUAAAACAAAUACACAGCGAUUUUAUUUUUUUAAUUAUAAAAUAUCUAUACUAUGAAAGAAUUCUACCGGAAGCAAAUGAAGUAAAAAGGAAAAUAAGUAAGUACUUCCCAGAGUGUCCGGUGCUCAACACAAAUUUUGUAAACAUAUGUAGAGAGGAUAUCAACCAGAGAUUUUUAAUAUGCAAGAUAAAUGCACACGAAGAAGAACAACAAGAAGAAGAAGAGGAAAAAGAAAAAAUAGAAAAAGCAUAUUUUAGAAAAACAUUUAAUAACGAAAAUAUCUGCAUAUACCUUAGAGAUAUAUCCAAAGAUUUCUUUAUAAAUCCCAAUGACGAUACUGAAAGCGUUCUGCAGUACAUACCUCUCCUGUUCAUGCAUAUUAUUGACAGGUUCCGAUUACAGUCCAGUGACAAUAAUCACAAGGGAGGCAGAUACAUCUUGGCCGAAACGCUAAAACACACGGGCCCAUAUAUAUUCAGGACGAUGAAGUUAGGAAGAAUCAUACACAUACUCCAAAAAUGCAUCGACUUGAAUAUUCUCUCCUAUUACAACAAUAAUAUUAUUCCCAUAUUUACCUCUAUGGCUAUUUCAAAAACGUAUGUUUCGAAAAUGCUGGUUAAUGAAACACCAGACUCAAAGAAUCACAAGGUAAACUCCAUAACUAUUAUAAAGGAUAGGAUAUAUCGCCUUCUACAUAGCUACUCAGAGGACAAAACAAAGGGAAAAGGCUUUUCCCUAAGUAGGUUACCCCUCAUUUACAAAAACGUGUACAAAGAAAGCAUAAACAUAGACCAAAUAGGAUACUCCAAGUUGACAGAAUUUAUAAAUAACGAGCUAAGUGACAUUUGUUUCAUUUCCACGCAGCAUAAGUUCCAGUGCAUCCUGAUGCCCCUUAUGGAAAAUGAGCAAAAACACCGGGACAAAAACGCAAAACUAAAAAAGGAAAAACAGUUAAAAGAAUCCCUGGACUACAUAAAAAAUUACCAGUGGGAAAGGUGCAUAUCGUAUUUACACUUUGCAAAUUAUUUCAAAAACAAAAAGACGGAACCCCAAGUGAAGCAGGAAGCUCCAAAAGAUACCAUAGAAAAUCUAAUAAACAACAGCUUUCUCAUUAAACAUAAGAAUUACCUUGAUCGCACUUUAAAAAAUGAUGCUGAUGAAAACAUGCCAUUGUUAUUACCCUUGGACGUUUUCAAUUUGCCCUCAUCGCAUGAUAUGUACGAUACCUACCAUAAGUCAGAAACCUACUACAGUACAAAUCCUACUGAAGACAAUUCGGUGAUCAAAUGUACAGAUAAUAUACAAAGCAAAUGCAGCAUCUUAUAUGAUCUUAAAAAAUGUGUCUCCAUGGAUAUUUCCAUUGAAGAGUCCGUAAAUGUGAACCACAUGUACCAUAACUACCCAUCUUCAUAUAAUGUGUUCCACUCUCUUUUUAAGGACACAAUAGAAGAAAUUCCCAUUGUUGAUCAACAUCGAAUGCAAAUUUAA